UUGUGCUCCUUGCUUUAGAUCAGCAGAAACAUGCAUCAAGGAAACCAAACCACCAUCUCUGAAUUCCUCCUCUUGGGCCUCUCCAACCAGGCUGAGCAUCAGAAUCUUCUCUUUGUGCUUUUCCUGGGUAUGUACCUGGUCACUGUGGUUGGGAAUGGCCUCAUCACCCUGGUCAUCAGCUUGGAUUUUUACCUUCAUACCCCAAUGUAUCUCUUCCUUGCUAACUUAUCUUUGGCUGAUAUUUCCUCCAUUUCUACCUCGGUCCCCAAAAUGCUGAUGAACAUUCAGACCAAGAGUCAAUCCAUCUCCUAUGGGAGCUGCAUCACACAGAUGUACUUUUCUAUUGUGUUUGUUGUCAUUGACAAUUUCCUCUUGGGAGUCAUGGCUUAUGAUCGUUUUGUGGCUAUUUGCCACCCUCUGAACUAUACAACCAUCAUGCAACCUGGGCUCUGCAUUUUGCUGACAGUCAUGCCGUGGGUCCUCAGUAAUCUUGUUGCCCUGACACACACUCUUCUGUUCCUUCGACUGUGCUUCUGUAACAACAACACUGUCUCACACUUCUUCUGUGACUUGGCCUCUCUUCUGAAACUCUCCUGCUCAGACACAAUGAUCAAUGAGCAUGUGUUGUUUAUCGUGGGCUUAUCAGUCAUCACCUUUCCUUUCUCUCUCAUCCUCUUCUCCUACAUCUGCAUUGUCAGGGCUGUCCUGAGGAUCUCAUCCACAGAGGGAAAGUGCAAAGCCUUCUCCACCUGUGCCUCUCACCUGACAGUUGUAUUGCUCUUCUAUGGGACCAUUGUAGGGGUUUAUUUCUUCCCUUCAUCCAUUCACGCUGACGACAGAGAUAAAAUUGGUGCAGUGCUAUUCACUGUGGUGACACCCAUGAUGAACCCCUUCAUCUAUAGCCUGAGGAACAAGGACAUAAAAGGUGCCCUGAAAAAGCUCAUCAGUAGGAAAAGCUUCUGCCUUUGA